AUGUGUGUGGAUAACUCCACUCCUCUGUGGAUGAUCUUCCAUUUACAGCCACACAUCAAGCAAAUCAGCAUACUGGGCACUUCCUGUGGUGACUCUCCAUCCUGUUCAGAAAUACAGAGGUCCAUCUUUAGUGAUGCCAGUCACCUCUCAGCCAAUCAGAUUCACAGUACAGCAGUCAGGGGUUUUACAGACAGCUUUGAGUCCCGCCCACAGAGUCUCUGCAGUUCUGUAGGGACAACAUUCAGUUCACUGUCCUCAGAAUCUCCCAGUACCCCGUCAUGCUAUGCGAUUACUGGUGAGUGUUUGAUUUGCUGUGAGAGGGCAGUGGACUCAGUGCUGUACGCAUGCGGACACAUGUGCGUGUGCUCUGUCUGUGGUGGGAAGCUAAUGGAGAUGUCAAACCCAUCUUGCCCCAUGUGUCGCAGCCCAAUCAGAGACGUCAUCAAAAUAUACCGCAGCAUGAAAACUGAAAACCACCUCUCUAACAAAUAGGAUGACAGUACUGGGUGAUUCUGAAGAGGCUCCUUCACAGGUUGAGCAAGGAAGAGGUACUAAAUGACUGCUUGAUUACUAAAUGACCAAAAAUGCAGAGAAAACCCAGAAGUACAGUAACUGCAUAAGUGGAUGGCACAACAAUAAUGUAAUCCCAGAUAAUAAGUCUCUAUUGCCUAUAAAUCUCUAUGGACAAAUGGCUAGAUGUGCAUAAUGGGAAAUCAAGCUACUAUGAGACUAAUUCUUAUUUUCGUUUGAUAAUAUCCUACUAACUUCAUACUGUUAAAAGACUGUUCACAAAUAGUUCUUUAACUUGUAUAUGUUAAAUCAAUCCAGAAUAAGAAUCUGAAAACUACAUUGUGGAUUUGAUGUGUUGGUAAAUAUAUUAAACUGAAAAACUAAAAACUGUUUUACAUACCAAAGUAGACAUUCACAAAAC